AUGUCCGUGUAUGUGGUGGGCAAGAACAAGGCUGCCUUCAUGGACGCGUGCGCCAACGCCGGCGGUCUGGGAAUGAAGCUCACGGACUCGCUCGAUGGAGCUGCUGGCGUCAUCGUGGUGUGCGAUCUCGUGGAGGGCAUCACUAUCGAAGAGGAGACCGAAUUGCGGCGGGCGCUCCAAGCCGGAGCCCGGGCCGCCAUCUUCGUGGACAACUUGGACAAGGCGAUGGAGAAGACUGAUCCCGAAGGUGUCUACCAGGCGUGUGCCCGGGCCAUCGACAACGUGAACGUGAUCCUCUGCAUGUAUUGCAGUCCUAGCACCGGAGAUCUUCAGGUCUAUCCUAACUUCAAGGGCGGAGUGGCGUUCGGCAGUGCUUCGCAGGGUUGGGGCUUCACGGUGCGCCACUUCGCCAAGAUGUACGCCAAGAAGAUGGGCGUGAAUGAGAAGUCGCUGUGCGACAGACUCUGGGGCGACAACUUCUUCUGGGCCGAAAAUAAGAGAUGGGUAGUUGAA